AUGGAAAGGGGAUUCAGCGGGAAUCUCUUAGAUCCAAGCGCGCUGGAGUUCUACCCUGCAAACCAGUUCGGCUCGGUACCCGCUCAAAUUUACUUCCCCUACCCUCCUCCUCCUCCUCCUCCUCCUCCGCCCCUUCCGCCGCCAGCCGCCUACCAUCCAAAUUUACAGCUACAUCACCCCUUACCAGACGACGGCGAGCCAACGCGAGCCGUUAUUCUGAGCCUCCUUCCCCCUCACAUUGACGAAGCUUCAGUAAUGGCGGCCAUGGAAGCCUUCGGCGCCGUCAGAUCGCUAGACUCCGCUUCUCUAACCUCCGAUGGAUCCGCCACAGUCCACUUCUACGACCUCCGUAGCGCUAUCGCCGCUGUCUUUGAGAUCCGCGACCAACACAUGCGUCAGCAGAGUUUCCUCAGUAGACAAUACGGCGUCGUCCCAGCUAAUUGGGGAGUUGUCGAGUGGCCUUCCGUAGCUACUGAUCUAUCCUUCUCGGCCGCGUCUGCUGGGGGUCGCGGCCUCGUCGCCGGCCAAGCUGUCUGGGCUCAGUUCGGGUCGAGAGGCGUCGACGGUCCUAACCAAGGCUCUCUCUUUAUCUCCAAUUGUGAUCCCACUCUCCCCUCCGCCUACCUCGCCCAACUGUUCGGCUCUCUCGGCGAUGUGAAGGAAGUGAAGGAGACGAUAUGGAAGCCACAGCAGCGAUUUAUCGAGUACUACGACAUAAGAGACGCCGCUCGAGCUGUGAGUGAGCUUAACGGGAAAGAAGUUUAUGGCCGAAGACUAGUUGUCGAAUUCUCCUGUGCAGCCGGGCUCACCAAGAGGAGAAGCACAGGCAGACAAAGCCGCAGCUUCGGCCAGCCGCCUCCACGUCUUCUACGGACAGCUUCGCCACAGUCCGGCCGAUGGGUGGCCGCGGCGAAUCCGUUGUCAUCGUCGUCCUCAGAAAGAGGAUCCAAUAGAAAAGUUGGGAAAAGCGGGCGAGAGGAUAAAAGGGGAAAGGGAAGGCAGGAACAAACAGCAUUAACAACCACAGCAGCGUCAUGUUCAUCGUCUUCAUCAUCAUCAAUAGUCGUAGCCAAGCAGCAACAGUUGAGCAGUAGAGGGUGGAAGAAUCAUUCAAGGAAUGGUGGGGAUUCGAGGUUUCAAUUCAAGGAGACAAUGACGAUGGAGGAAGGAUCUUCUCCGACUUGCAUUAUGGAUUCAAGAACAACAGUCAUGAUUAAAAACAUCCCAAACAAGUACAGUCAGAUGCUUUUGCUGAGAAUGCUGGACAACCACUGCAUACGGUGUAACGAGGAGAUUGGAGAAAGAGGAGAAGAAGAGCCUUUUUCUGCUUAUGACUUUGUCUAUCUCCCAAUCGAUUUCAACAACAAAUGCAAUGUGGGUUAUGGAUUUGUGAACUUGACGUCGCCGGAGGCGGCGGUUAGGCUUCACAGAGCGUUUCAUAUGCAGCCAUGGGAGGUCUUCAAUUCUCGGAAGAUCUGUCAAGUGAACUAUGCUCGAUUGCAGGGUUUGGAAGCAUUGAAGGAGCAUUUUAAGAACUCGAAAUUUGCUUGUGAUACGGACGAGUAUAUGCCUGUGGUAUUCUGUCCGCCGCGAGAUGGGAAGCAGAUGACGGAGCCUGUUCCAGUCGGCGGCCGCGGAUUGAUGCGGCGGUCUCUUAAUCUAGACCGUACAUGCGGCGGCGUUGGUGAGACCGAACCGGAGCCUUCGGAUCCGGGGGAAGCUGCCUCUUCUACUACAGCCUCUACGCACGCCCCGUCGGACAACGGCGAUGGAGUUGAUGACGAUCGGGAUGACGGCGACGGCGACGGCGAUGAGACUGCUUCUGGUCUUUCCCAAGCUCUGCUACAGCUAUCCUAUUCUUCUCAAAGCUAG